AUGAAUACAUCGGCCGAAGCCAAGUUUCGUUCACUCAGCAAACGUGCAGCAGAAUGUCAACGACAAAUUGGACGCUUGAGCAAUGUGGACUCUGUACGCAUCCGUGAAGAAACGGCGGCUCAAAUACGUAGCGAUCUGCGUCAACUCGAUCAGGACAUCAAGUUCGUACACCAGCUUAUUGAGCAAGAAGACGAAGAGUCCUCAAGGAAGAUACUCUUGAACAAGCUCAAGGAAUACGAGCAACAGUUUUCACAACUUCAAUCAUCAUCAAGAAAUGCUUUAUGGGCCUCAAAACGACGUCUAGAAGAGCAGGAACAGCAGAUGCGAUUUGAGCUUUUCGGCAAGAAGGAUCAACACGACUUUGAACAAUAUCAGCUCAAGCUACGCAGGAACCAAGGGCAGGAUGAAUCAUUGCUACGAGCCCAUACCGAUGUCACUGAAGCUUUACGAAGAACGAGUACAUUGAUGCAACAAGAGCUGGAGAAAAGUUCUUAUUCGACAAGCAUGCUUGUUGAUUCAUCACGCACCCUUCACUCGACAUAUUCCGAAUAUCAAAAUUUUGGAUCUCUUUUGACUAUAUCGAAGCGACUGGUUGGGCAAUUGGAGACCGCGGAUUGGUUGGAUCGUCUUUCGUUGCUCUUUGGUCUUAGUGUUUUCAUGCUGGUGGUUGCAUACAUUAUCAAAAAGCGGACGUAUGACGUUGGAAUUUCAUGGGCAUCAUGGAUCAUGGGCAAAACAUCUGCAUCCAAAAGAGCUGCAUCAUUUGCUGGGGAAACUUUGGCAACAGCAACAUCCUCUCUCAUGGCAACGGCAACGAGUAGCACAAUCUCCUCCUCUUCCUCCUUAUCCUCCACAACCAACUCGAUCAUUUCCUCCUCAACUACCACAACAACAAUGUAUACCAUAGAGACUACGCUUUCAGCACUAUUGAAGGACGAGCUCUAA